CCCUGGACGUACGUCGGCAGAGAGAGACGCAGAGGAGGUGGAGGUUCGUUCCUGCUAAUCGGUGAAAACAGAGCAGGUCGUCCAGCAUCAUGAGUCAGCGGACGGAGCGGCGGGGUAUACAUGUGGACCAGUCGGACCUGCUGUGCAAAAAGGGAUGCGGUUACUAUGGAAACGCAGCAUGGCAGGGCCUGUGCUCCAAGUGCUGGAGGGAGGAGUACCAGCGGGUGCGGCAGAAGCAGAUCCAGGACGACUGGGCCUUGGCAGAGAAGCUGCAACGAGAGGAGGAGGCGGCGUACGCCAGCAGCCACGGAGCGCACCCAUCCACGGCCCAGCAGCACCCUGGACACGCCUCUCUCGGACCCUUCUCCAAGUUUGAGGAGAAGAAAACCAACGAGAAGACGCGCAAAGUCACCACCGUCAAGAAGUUCUUCAGCCCUUCGUCACGAACCGCCUCCAAGAAAGAAGCCCAGGACGGAAAGACGACCAGUCCGUCCAUUAGCUGCCAUGCUAGCUUUGAUACAGACCAGGCGUCAAAAGACUUUGUGGACUUCUUGAAGAACCUCCACAAGCCCGGCCGGGACAUCCAUAAGCAGUGCAGAGCCUUCCUUAUGAACAUGUCAAGUAAGAAGGACCUGGGCGCCGAUGAGCUGUCCGAGUGCGUUCAGGAUUUUUACCAGAGCAUGGCUGACCGCUUGAUGAGUCACUUCAAAGGCUCUUCAGAGUCUGUGGAGCAGGUGAUGGACCAAGUGGAAAAGUACAUCAUGACUCGUUUGUAUAAGAGCGUUUUCUGUCCGGAAACAACCGACGACGAGAAGAAGGACUUAGCUACACAAGACAGGAUAAGGGCUUUGCACUGGGUGACCAUCCAGAUGCUCUGCGUGUCCAUGGAGGAAGAAAUCCCUGAAGUGUCUGAGAACGUGGUCAAAGCAAUAACAGAUGUCAUUGAGAUGGACUCAAAGAGGGUUCCUCGGGACAAACUCGCCUGCGUCACACGCUGCAGUAAACACAUAUUCAGUGCCAUCCGUAUCACCAAGAAGGAGCCGGCCUCCGCUGACGACUUUCUUCCUGCGCUCAUUUACAUCGUGCUCAAGGCUAACCCUCCGCGACUUCAGUCCAACAUCCAGUACAUCACCAGAUUCUGUAAUCCCAGCAGGCUGAUGACCGGAGAGGACGGAUACUACUUCACCAACCUGUGCUGUGCUGUGGCCUUCAUCGAAAAAUUAGAUGCUCAGUCUCUCAACCUUUCCCCGGAGGAAUUCGAGCGCUACAUGUCAGGUCAAGCUUCGCCACGAUUCAGCAGCUCAGACGGCGAGUGGCCCCACGCCGGUCCGGGAGUCGGCAGUUCUGCCACCAACCCCGUCCUGGCCCAGCUCAACCACAACCUGGAACUGCUGUCAGGCCUCUGCAGCCGGCAGGAGGCCCUGAUGGAGGCUGCUCAGAGUCUCCAGGCUGACCUCCUCUCCUGGUCUGAAAGUGUGCAGCAGGAAGUGCAUGACAUCUUGGAGAAAUAUCCCCUGGAGAUUAUGUCCUCCAAAGUUUCUGCCAUCGAUGCCAACAAUACAGACAACGAGAACCUGCCGUCGCCCAUCAAACCUCAGGUGUUCGCUGGGUAAAGGAGUU